CCUUACCGCCACCCAGCGGCUAAAGUCAGUAUCUGACUGAAGUACAGUGAGUUAAUCAAAGGUGGUGGACACCUGCGUCCAGUAACUUACGUUGUAGAAAUGCCAUCUAACCUGAAGAGGGAUUGUGUGUGAUGCUUGUGUCUGUCAUAAAUCAGUAAUGUCUAAGUGGCUGAAUGAUGGCGAAGUGCUGGUGGGUCAAGGCAGUGCUGAGGCAGUACCAGUGAGCCCCAGACCGCGGGGCCUACCAGCUGGGAGCCCCAUGCUGGGCAGGGGACGUAGUCCACUGGUUUCACCCAGUGGCAGAGAGGCAGUGCCAGGAAGCCCGCAGGCAGAGACCAUGGGCAAGGCCAAGGAGCUGUUUGUGUUGUGUGACAAAGAGGGGAAAGGGUUCAUCACAAAGCGAGAUAUGCAGAGGCUACAAGGGGAGUUGCCGCUGUCCCCUGAACAGCUGGAGACAGUGUUUGAGAGUCUGGACCGACAGAGCAAUGGAUUCCUCACUCCUGUUGAGUUCAACACAGGACUUGGUGAGUUGAUGGGGAUGGAGGACACCACUGAGCUGAGUCAAGACGAAGUAGAGGAGGAUACGGACCGGGCGGACUCGUCCCAAGACCCCGCUGCAGUUAGAUUUGUAAACAUACUGAUGGAGCUGGGCGCUGACGAACUCUUCAAUGAUCAGCAGGAGUUCUGUUCUCUGUGGUGUGAACUCCAGAGAGACAGACCAGAGCUGCUGAGUGUCCUGGAAGGCGUCCUGAUCCACGCAGUGUCCCAUUUGCAGGACUCCAUCAGAGAGAGAGAUAGUCUGGAACAAGCUCUACGCAGACGGGAGAGUGAACAUGAUCAGGUUGUUCGGUCCAUAUAUGAAGAAAUGGAAAACCAAAUACGAGAGGAGAGAGAGAAAGGCCUGGCUAAGGACAGUAUUAGACAGAAGCAGAGAGGGCAACAACUUGAGGAGGAGCUGAAGAUGCGGGAGCAAGAGUUGGAGAAUACACUGACCAAACAGAAAGAGCUGGAGACCAGAAUCCGGCAGCUGAGCUGUGAACAGGCAAACAUCAAGGAGCAGAACCAGCAGCUGCGGAGCCUCAACAUCCAGUUACAGGAGCAGGUGGAGAGCAGCAGAGAGCAGCUGCAGGCCGCUCUGGGUCAGCUCAGCCUGCUGCAGCUCGACACUGCCCAGAAACAAGUGGCCAGACAGACAAACGUAAUGAAGGUGUCAAGGAACCUGCAGAAAGAAAAGGAAAGUCUCUUGAGACAGCUGGAGCUGUUGAGGGAUAUGAACAAAAGGCUGCGAGAUGAGAAAGAUGCCCAACAGUCUCAGAAGAGGAAUCCACAUGUCACAGAGACUUUGCAGAAGAAAGGGUCAGUCAUAGGUAACUACUUACUGCAAGACAAGCCAUUGAAAAGACAGCUGAGCUCAUCCGAUGAGUUGGAGCAGGACAAAGACAAAGAGAUGACAAAUUCAUCCAAGAGACACCAACCGUCAUGUAGAGUCAGGUGUGAAAAUGUUGAACAGAUGCAAACUCAGAGCAAAAUUGUCAGUCCUCAGCGAGUGUUCAAGGUGGUAUUCCUGGGUAACUCAGGGGUGGGUAAGACCUCCUUCAUCCAGCACUACUGCACGGGACACUUCUACAGUAAAAUGAACGCUACUGUUGGUAUAGAUUUCCAGAUGAAGACUUUAACUCUGGGCUCCACCACCAUCGUCCUGCAGCUCUGGGAUACUGCAGGACAGGAGAGGUUUCGCAGCAUCACUGAGCAGUACUACCGUAAAGCUGACGGUAUCCUCGCAAUGUACGACGUCACUUGCUCCCCCUCCUUCACCGCUGUGAGAGGAUGGAUGGACUCUGUCAAGGAGAAGAUGUGUGACGGUGCCGUACUGAUGCUGCUGGCGAACAAGCUGGACCUGGCAGACAGUUGCAGCAGAAAAGUGACAACAGUUGAGGGGCAGAGACUAGCAGAGCAGCACCAAGCUUUGUUUUACGAGUGCAGUGCCAAAACUGGAUGUAGGAUGGAAGAGCUGAUGACUGAUCUGGCUGAGAUGUUAGUUUCCCAACAUGAUCGACAAUGUGAAGAUGCACUUUUACUGACUGAGGACACUGCUAAAAGAGGCUGCUGUACAUAAACAGAAGAGGAAAGCAAACGCCCAGGUGUCAACACCAUGGUUGACCGCUGUUACAUUUGUCUUUGUUGGGACAGUCGGAUGGAGUUAUGGGGAAUGAAUGAGUCCCACACUGACUAAAGAGUGUUACCCAAGUCCUGAAGUCACUUCAAGACACAAAGAGUGCCAUUUUUCUGUGAACAAAUUUACUGAACAGUAUCUCUAAUGUUUGCAUAUAUUGUUAUAUAUCUUUAUAAUCCAUCCAAUAAAAGAUAUUUUUGAUGA